UAUAUAAAAAAUUAUAUUAUAAAAACACGAGAGCUAAAUUGUGAGCCCAUGUGAUGUGAACGCACCAAUGCUAAAGGGGGUGGAACAUGCAUGCAGCUACCGGUUCUACUGCGUGGGUGUAGUGUACUCCUGAACGCCGUCCUCAAUGUUAUAUCUCUUCGAAUAGGCUCUAUUACGUCUUUAUAUUCCAAUAGUCUGGAGGUUUUUCCGAUAUGGAGUCCAACUACACAACACUGCUGGCCACGACGUGCUGUGCAGUAGUAUCAAUACUUCUUCUGAAGUGGUUAACUUCCCGGGAGGCACACCGAAAGAUUCAGAGAGCGAAGUUGAGAAGGGUUACCUCGCUCCAGAAGGCAGAAAUGACUUUCCAUCAAUUCGGAGAAAAGUGCCCAGGCCAAGAACCUGAUGCCAUCUUAUCUCUGCCCCUGUCUGAACUGACAAAAAAGCUGAAGGAGGGUUCACUAAGUCCUGACACUGUCCUACACACUUACAUGGGAAAGGCUUUGGAGGUGCACAGGAAGUUGAAUUGUGCCACUGAGUUCCUUUUGGAGAGCUGUGAGCAGCUUGGUGCUGUAGAAACUCACCGGGAAGGACUUCUCUAUGGAGUUCCUGUCAGCAUCAAGGAAAACCUUGAUUACAAGGGUCAUGACUCAACCUGUGGAGUUAUCUGUAAGCUGGAACAGCCUGUUGACAUUGACUGCGUAGUAGUCCAGGUGCUUAAGCGACAAGGUGCCAUCCCAUUCGUGAAGACCAAUGUGCCCCAGGGACUGCUUAACUACGAGUGCAGCAACCCAAUUUUUGGUCAGACAGUGAACCCCCAUAAUACCCAGAAGACGUCAGGGGGGUCAUCUGGUGGGGAAGCAGCACUAAUUGCCGAAGGGGGUUCCAUCCUGGGCCUUGGUACUGAUGUAGGGGGCAGUAUUCGCAUUCCAGCAUCUUUUUGUGGAAUAUGUGGAUUCAAGCCCACCGCCAACCGGUUGAGUAUGCGUGGUUCCAGCUCAUGCUCCCCGGGCCAGAAAACAGUGAAAGCAUCCUUGGGCCCAUUGGCAAGGGAUGUGAGCAGCCUGGCCCUGUGCAUGAAGGCUCUCCUCUGUGAGCACAUGUUUGCUCUGGACCCUUCUGUACCACCUAUGCCAUUCAAUGAGCAGGAAUACUUGAGUUCUGGGCCCCUAAGAAUUGGUUACUAUGAGACCGAUGACUACCACCUGGCAUCUCCAAGCAUGAGGAGAGCAUUGAGGGAGGUUAAGGAGCUGCUGGAGGGUGCAGGACACACGCUGGUCCCGUUCUCCGUUCCUCGAAUAGCCUAUGCCAUGCAUUUGUUCGCCACAGGAAUAUUGGCAGAUGGAGCAGCUACUUUGCUCAGCAACUUCAAGGAGGGGCCCACUGACCCUUGUCUAAAAGGCCAGACGAUACCCUACGGCCUGCCACGACUGAUCAAGAAGGUCCUGUCCUUUCUCCUCCGGCCCUUGUAUCCUCGCAUAUCUGCAUCAGUAUCUGCCAUUUGUGGAAUUGGAUCUGUGCAAAACCUGUGGAGGCACCACACCGAUCUUGAGGAGUACUUUUAUGAGUUCACUGAAGAGUGGAAGAAACAGGACCUCGAUGUGUUGCUUUCCCCAGCGCUCGGCCCAGCCUACAACUUCAGAUAUGCUGGGAAGCUGACCUGUGCCCUUAGCUAUACUGCUUUAUAUAAUGGUCUUGGCUUCCCUGCUGGGGUAGUGCCAGUCUCCACAGUGACCGAUGCUGAUGAAGAGGAGCUGAAGCACUACAAGGGAAACUAUGGAGACAUAUGGGACAAGUUCUUCAAGCAGGCUGUGACUGGGGCUGUGGGACUCCCCGUGGCCGUGCAGUGCAUCGCCCUUCCUUGGAGGGAUGAGCUCUGCCUGCGCUUCAUGAAGGAGGUGGAGCAGCUGGUCGCAGACCACAGGAACGAGGAGUCACAUAUGGGAAUGCCCAGGAACGAGUAGUCACAUAUGGGAAUGCCACAGGAUGGGCCCACUUCCAGUGUGUGGAUUUGUUGGUCUGUUGUCACAUUGGAUGAAUAUCGAUGGAAGUCUGAUAUUUUCUCUCUUUUUGUGAUAUUUAGUAAUUUCCUCAUUCGGAGUGGGCUCUGUCGCUAUGCAUGAUAAACUUAUAGAGAAAAUUAUUGUUUUAGCUUAUUGCUGCUAAAGGCGCUUUUGCAAGCAACUGGGAUACUGUUUUUAUUUAUCUGUUAGGACUAGAAUUGAAAGAUGCUACUUUUUCAUAUCUGUAACCAUAUUACACAUCAGAAUGAUGACAUGGGAUGAGGGAAAGGAAUGAUGGAACAUUACAGAACUACAGAACUAGUUGAAUCAAGUGCAUGUUGGGUGGAGAACCCCUCUGAAGAAGACUGUUUAAUAUAAUCCAGUCCUAUCCAAGUGAUUAAGAGGCCAUUUUGAAGGGCAACCUCGAAUGCCUCUUAUGAGUGGGCCAUAGGCAAUACUGGAAAGGUAUAUGAAGGCUUUCCAGUAUAAGAGCAAAUGAAGAAUAAUAACCUGUAUAUUAAUUUUCAUAGUAUGGUGAUACCAUUGCCUGAAAGAAGGUUCAUGAAAUAACUUUAAUUUUAAUACUGUAUAUCUGGGCAGAGAAACACCCUAGAAUAAGACUCGCUACACAGCAAUGCACCAAAAGGAAUUGUGGUCUCGCAUUCCUGCAUCUUCAACUAUACCCCCAUACCAGCUUUGUCCAAUAAAAAGUUGGCUGAAUCAAUUCUUUAAUGUCUCAUGGAAGGCAAUUGAGGAUGUAUUGGUUCACCCUAUUAAAUGAGAAGAUGUCGUUUCUCUUGGAUAUCCAGUAACGAAUGUAUGCUUGACUUUGAGCCAACUAUUACAUGCUAUAAUUAAUUUUAGGCUGUUAGAAAAGGGAGUGACAAGGAAUAUGAAUUGCAUGUACACCUCUGUGGCACAGCAAUUGCAUCCUUUCCCUUUCAGCCUUUAGUUGAAAUUUAGAUCUGUGCUUUGUGCUUAUGAUGUUCCUUCGGGAGUAGGAUUGGAAUCUCACCCACUAUGCGAUCUAGGUUUUGCCUCUGUCUUUUUAUCAACAAUGUACUGUCCAAAGAUGCAAAUGCUAUGAAAGCUAGGGAAAAAUAUCCAUAUCCAACCAUGUGGUCAUGUGUCUUGAAAAACAGUUAUAUGAUCAAAUACUCAGCUGACGUCGCAUAUGUCUGUUAAGGGAGAUGUAACGCGCAGGUCACAUCCCUCUGUUAAGGGAGAUGUAACGCUGGCGUCACAUCCGUCUGUUAAGGGAGAUGUAACGUGCAGGUCACAUCCGUCUGUUAAGGGAGAUGUAACAGGCAGGUCACAUCCGUCUGUUAAGGGAGAUGUAACGUGCAGGUCACAUCCGUCUGUUAAGGGAGAUGUAACAGGCAGGUCACAUCCGUCUGUUAAGGGAGAUGUAACAGGCAGGUCACAUCCGUCUGUUAAGGGAGAUGUAAUGUGCAGGUCACAUCCGUCUGUUAAGGGAGAUGUAACGUGCAGGUCACAUCCGUCUGUUAAGGGAGAUGGAAUGUGCAGGUCACAUCUGUCUGUUAAGGGACAUGUAACGUGCAGGUCACAUCCAUCUGUUAAGGGAGAUGUAACAUGCAGGUCGCAUCCGCCCAUAAGGGAUUAUGUGAUGGAGAAGAAAUAGAUUGUUUUUUGAAAAACGUAUCUAUCCCAUCAAAGAAUAAUACGAUAUGUCCUGUGUCAAAUAUUGUACCGCAGUUACAAGAUACAGACCUAUUGACACCCUUUAUAAUUUACUUAACCAUUUCUGUGUGGACUUUGAUGUAUGCUUGGAGUCAUUUUGCUGCUGGGCAAUUUACCUACGACAAAGAAUCAGGUUCCUAGCAGAUGCUACCAGGUUUUCUGCCAAAGAUUUCCUGGUACUUUGUUGAAUUCAUUAUGCCAUUGGUCUAAAUUAGUGCCCUUGGACCACUGGCAGCAACACAUAUCCAAAACAUCACUGUCCCAUCACCAUAUUUGACAGUAUAUAUGAGGUGCUUCUCCUUCUAUGCAUUCCAUUUUGUCAGCAAACAUGUCGAUGGUGUGCGUGGUCAAAAUGUUGAAUUUUGAUCUCAUCUGACCAUAGCACUUCCCGUCAUAAUUCCAAUGAGGUUUGGCAAACUCAACAUGCUUGGUUUUGUUUACUGUGCUCAGUAAGGGCUAUCUUUGUACCACCCUUCCUUCUUUUUUUUCAGGACUUGGUGACCCCAAGACAAAACCAAUCUUAAAGUACAAUCCUUGGGUUACUUAUGGUCUCCCUCAGCAUAUUCCCUACCAUUCGUGGGGAUAAUAUGGACUUGCAUUGUCUUCCUGGCAAGUUUGCAACCGUUCCAUAUGUUUCAGGGCUUUAAUUAUUGCCCUUGCAGUACUAAGUGGUAUGUUUAAGCGUUCAUAUAUCUUUUUGUAUGGUCGAUUUCCAUCAGUGUCUUCUGAAUUGACAGUUAUUUGGCUUUUCCCAUGCUGAUGGUUGACAAAGGGAUUUUGCAGGCUUGUUACCUAAUUUAUACUGAAGCAGGAAGUUAUGGAAGGACAUAAUAUAGUUUCUUUAGACUGAGAUUAACUCAAUUUAACGUAAAAUUGUAAAAUAUAUGUAUGCAGAUGUGUAUGUGCAUACCUUUUUUCCUUUCUCUACUGCACAGUUUGUGAGGCUAGGGGAGGGUGACGGGUGGGUGAUAGGCAGAGCGGGUCUGUGGGGGGUUGUUCUGCAACAGCAGUGUAAUUGUGUGAUUAAUGCUGAAAGAAAUGUCAAAAAGAAAAUAGAGAAUAAUAAUCGAUAGGUACACAACCUGUAUCGAUGAAUUUCUUUCAUCGGUUUAACAAGCUAUUGCUAUUGUCUACAAAGUGCUCGCUGUACUGUACAUUUCACUGUUCUGUACUUGUAUGAGCAUGUGACAAAUAAAUCUUGAAUAUGAGUUGA